AUGAUCAACCACUACACCAAGCAGCUUAACCAGCUCAUUGCAUCCUUGUCACUGGAUGAGCUCCAAGAAGCCAAAGAGACGGCUGAAUUAUGGAACCGUCAAGGUGUUCCAGACGACGUCAAGGCCGACAUUGCUAGGAAAAAAGGUGAUGAUAUGAUUCAUCAUUUCGCAACCAAGAUGUGGAACCGUGUGGGAAUGAGGGUCUUCAUUGUAUCUGCCUGGAAAAAUGAGGAGGGUAAGAUCCAUGUCGCCAGGACAAUUUGGUCGGAUGUUCUAUGA